AUGAAUUCCGAUAACGACUAUACUAUAUGCAAUCUCGACUCACAUUCGUAUGGGAAUGGAUAUACAAAUUCUGAAAUACCUGGCACACUAUAUGGCUAUAAUACUAUCAAUAACAGGUCAAUUGACACAGGACAGCAUUACUACGGAGCGGAAAACCUCGUUCCACCGGGGAUCUCGGGGGUUGACCUGUCUCUCGGGACAAGCCAGGGUUUGUCCUACCCCGUCAAUACACCGGUGAUACCCCGGGGACCGAGACAUGGGUACGAACUUCCCGAACCUCAGCCCCAUCCGGGGAAUGUGGAUCCCUACAUGGCUGGACAUCAUGGGUUGACAUUGAACGGUGAUGCUCAUUUAGGAGGGGGUGGGGGCCUCAGCCUCUCUCCCGGGCGGACAAGUUACGUUGGGUCAUGUGUUGAUACUUUAGGGUCCUGUUCCUUGUCGAAUAUGUACGGGGCCACAAUGUCACAGCCAAACUCCGGACACAUUAAGACGGAGCCGACAGCCGCUCAGAGCCUAACCAAUAAACCAUUCAGAUGGAUGCAGAUUAAACGGAAUCCCGGAAAAACAGUGCCGACGACUACUAAACAGGGGGACUUUGGUUUCACCACGGCAGUCACAACAGCGACCCCCCAACAGCCAAACAUGGGCCGUACCAACUUCACAAACAAACAAUUAACAGAAUUGGAGAAGGAAUUCCAUUUUAAUAAAUACUUAACUCGUGCUCGGCGAAUAGAAAUAGCUGCCUCGUUAGGCCUCAACGAAACUCAAGUAAAAAUAUGGUUUCAAAAUAGAAGAAUGAAACAGAAAAAACGCAUGCGUGAAGCUCAAUUUGAAAAUUCAAUGAGAGACAAUUGUCAAUUGAACAUAGACGGACUAGGCAUGACGGCAAUGACAUUAUGUCAAGAGGGGCGGUAG